AUGGCAUCUGCGAGCCGCGUGCCUAAUGCUGCUGUCAAUGAAAGUAGUGGCGCGGUUGGUGAUGAAAGACGUCGUAGCAAUACGUUAUUCGUCACUAGAAUACCAUUCAAUGUCACCAAUACAGAUUUAGAGACAUUUUUCAGUGAUGUAGGGCCGUUGCGAAGGGCUUUUAUCGUCACUGACAAAGAAACACACAAAUCCAAGGGCGUGGGAUACGUAACGUAUACUGAUGCUACUGAUGCACAGAAGGCGCUUGAAAUGCUACAAGGUGCUAGCAUCAAUGGGAGUAAGCGCCAGAUUCAAUUGCAAUGGGCAGAUCGCAAGACAGACGUGAAAGCGGGAAUUCAUCGCCGUGAAUGUGGCCCUGAAUCUGUGACUGACUUAGUACAAGCACCUCGCCGUGCUGCUGCAGUGCUACCGGACAGAGAUCCAGAUGCAGUCCGCACGAUUGUCAUAACGGGUCUUGCGUCCUGCUCGCCUGCAGCUGAUAUCAAAAGCAUCUACAAGCGUGUGCGGAAGGUCGGCGAUGUCGAGCACGUGGAGUUCGCUGAGGCAAAGGAUCCAGUCCAGAAUGCUCAUGACACAGCCUAUGUGCGUUUCCGCACACCGAACCACGCAAUGCAAGCAGUACCCAAGCUACAUGCACACCAGUUCAAAGGUGCACAGUUGAGUGUUGAGUUGAAGAAGCGUGUUGAUGGUGCUUUGCGCCGUGAUUUGCAUAUGCGCGAUGAUACCCGAAAGAAGCAAAAGUCGUUGCAGGAUCAAGUUGAGCAGUUUAGCGGUCAAGUUUGGGGCUCAGUCCACGGGCGCCUGGAGCGUGAUAGCCGGCUCAUCGUACGGAAUUUACCUUUCGACAUGACGGUCGAGGACCUUCGUGCCGUGUUCCUGCCAUAUGGCGCUUUGUACAAUAUCACCAUUCCUACGAGUGAAGAAAAUGGAAGGGGACGCGGUUUUGCGUUCGUGUGGUAUGUAUCAAAGUCUGAUGCAUCGAAGGCGAUGGCCGCCAUCAAUGGCGUGCAGCUUCGUCACGGCGCAGCUGAGCAGGCUCUUUUGAAGAAAGCGCAAGGGAAAAAGGGCCGAGAAGCGGCUAAGGAGGCACUUGCAAGCGUUCACAAAAUAGCGCAACCUGCUCGGCCUGUGGCUGUGGACUGGUCACUUUCUCAAAAGGAGUGGCUUUCGCAAGUGGAACAUGCUGGCGGUGAGGAGACUGACGCGUCCCUGAAGCGCAAGCAUGGUGAUGCGCAAGACAGCGAGAGUGAUGCCGAGGGAGCGGAUGGUGACGGUGUUGAAGACAAUAACGACGGUGAUGACAAGGAGGUCGAUCAUGUUGGGAAUGAAGAGCAAGUGGAGGACGACGAUGAUGAGGACGAAAAUGAGAAAGAAGACAGCGAUAUUGAGGCAACGGCUGAACAGCCGCCGAAGCUGGCUCCGCCCGAGGCAGGUACCACUUUGUUUAUUCGGAAUCUGCCAUACCAAGCGACAGAACAAGAGCUUAAAGAUCUGUUCCGCUCCUUUGGUCCACUUCGGUAUGCACGUAUUACCAUGGAUCCUGCUACCAAUCGGAGCCGAGGAACGGGCUUCCUCUGCUUUUGGAAGCGCUCGUCAGCGGAUGCUUUGCUUCGCGACGCAGAGAUCGUCCAGCAGGAGACAGGUGCAACAGAUGCACAUGCAAAGACGCCGUCAUCGAAUCCUUUCAAAGUGCCUUCGGUUCUCACAGCUGAUCCGUCGGCACCGCUGGUCUCACGCUUCAUGCUUCAUGGUCGUGUUCUGCAUAUUGUGCGUGCUGUGACUCGCGAGACAGCAACACAUUUAGAGACCUCGGCGCGCAAGGCUCGGGAGAAGGGAGAUAAACGCAACACGUGGCUGCUUCGCGAAGGUGUGCCGUUCCCACACUCUUCACUUUCUGCUCUGCUCACGGACGCUGAGACGGAGAAGCGAAUGCGUGCCUUCUCCAUUCGUCGGGCGCAGUUGGGCGCGAAUCCGUCACUGCAUGUCUCUAAGACGCGGCUUGCCGUACAUCAGCUGCCACUGUUUGUCAACAAUAGGAUGCUGAAGCGGCUUGCCCUGCACGCAGUUCGGGCAUUUAAUGACGAAGUAAAGCAAGGCACACGCGCGGAUCUCGACGAGGACGAGAAAGCUGACAAAACUGAAAGUGCGAAUGCUACGUCGAGACAGCUUUCUGCGGCUACAGACGCCAAGAAAAAGCGCCCACCGCCCUCUGUCGUCGUGCAGUCCAAGGUGGUUCUACAGAACGAACGCGUUGACCCACUGACGGGGCAGGGUAGGUCGCGUGGAUAUGGAUUUUUGGAGAUGCGUUCAUUUCCUCAUGCACUUAAAGUGCUGCGCUGGGCAAACGGGAACAAGGAACUCGGGCGUUUGCUAAUGCAAUGGUGGCGCGAAGAGCUUGAGCGUAUGUUAUCUGAGCUGAAAGCGGGUGAAGACUCGGAAGAAAUGCGUCUUCGCAAAAAACGAAUUCAACAAGCUAUAGCUGAUGUACAAGGCACUGUCAAGUCCGAAGCUCGUGGCGUCCUUCGCAUUGAGUUUUCUAUCGAAAAUAUCACGACUGUCCGCAAGCGCGUGUUGCGGCAGGAGCAGGCACGGUCCCGUGAACAUGCCAGCGUCAAGCGGCAAAAAGUAGCAGACCCGUUGUCCGGAUUGGAGGACAUGACUAAUGAAGAGGCAGACGGUGACUUGGCAGAGACGAAGGCGUCAGAUGAUGAGAGUGAGUUACCGACGGCAGGUUCGUUUUCCUCCCUUUCUGCGCCCAAGCUUUCAAAGUCUGUGCAAAGGCGUGCCGCAAAUAAGGUGGCGAGCGAGACGCACAAACGCUCGCUGGGCUCGCUAAUUGGAAAGAAAAGAGCUGUACGGAAACGCAAGCACGGGGCCAAGUGA